AUGUCUCAAUCGCUCGAAAAUGUGCUCAUUGACCCCGACGACAAUGCUGCCUGCCACGCUCUCCACGCACUCUUGUCCACAGAGAGGUUCACAAAGUCGCCAGCUCUCCCCGCCACGGCAAAGGCAUACCUUGACGCUUUCUGCGACGAGACCCGCCCCAUUAUACGCCGAAGAUGGACUGGACUCAUUCUAGCGAGACUGCUCGAGUCUUGUCUUGGUGUGGCGCGACAUCUAAGACGACAUCCGGAGGACCUUGUCCGCAUAGGCGCAGUCAUCUUGGGGCUUAACGAAGCCGAAGAGACCAAAAUUGUGGCGGGCCUGAUACUCCGUGCCGGGCUUUCUCAAGGGAUCAAGUUCUCCGACUUCUGGUCCGAGAGAAAGGUUCACGCUACCGCGACCCUCUUUCCAAAAAAUGCAGAUACGUCCUGGAUGAAAAGUUUCCAAGAUUAUAUGGACACGCUUUCGGGGCUUUCGCUUGGGAACUCUUCACCCCAACUCGUGCUCUUGUAUCCAGUAGCUCUCCAUGCUGCAGAUGGUUUUCGAUGGUCAGCGGCCAUUGGGAACGUACCCAUACUCUUAAUUGAAAGCCAGACACUCACCAUGAUUACACCCGCUUCCGCUCUACACGACAUUAAAUUCGUUUAUAUACCACUGCAGUCUGUCAAGAAUGUCCGCUGCCAGCCAUCGAGUCCAUACGACUCUCAAGGCGGAGUCGCACCAGCUGCCCCUUGGGCUGUAGUACUAGAGUUCUUGUCGGGUUCCACACCAUAUCAGGUGAACUGCUCGGAACAUUCUGGAAGAGAUUUUACUAUUGUUAUGGAAACGAGUGCCGAUGCUAAGGAGUGCAUGCGCUGCAUCAACGACAUGCUCAGGCCAGAGGGAAGCUCGAGCGACGUUACAAAUGCUUCGAGUCCUGCGUUCGAUGGAGACUCUAGUGAGGAGAAGGUCAUUAACAACAACACGCCCGCGGUCUCACAGGGCGGUAUAAUAAAGUUCGACAGGUCACAGCGCAAGGGCAGCAUCAUCAAGGGCAGCCAACUGAUGGAUCAAGCGGCCCCAGAGGCAGCCCACGGAUCACAUACCGGAUCAAUCGAAGCCAAACGUGGAGCACUCCCUGAGGUUAAGAAAUCUUUACGUGCGAGCGGAGUCAAGUCUGUGCUAGACGCCACGAACACUGAUUUCGAAUUUCCUGAUCUCUCGCCGUCGAUCGAGCGACCAGCGAAAGCGAAGAUAGAGAAGUUAAAUGCUAGUCGAGACGGUCUUGUCACAGCGCAGAUCUCAGCGACGAAAUCCACAGAGAAUAAAGUCAAAGCGUCGAAGCCUGUCCACAAACAAGCUGGACGGCGCCGGGAGUCAGAUGUCUUUAGCGUCCCGCAAGAGAGACAAGAUAUGGAAGGCGCGCACCGAGGUACGAAGCGAACGCGUGCCAUGGCGAUGACCUACAAGGAAGACACUUCGUCCGAAGAGAAUAGCUCGGAUUCCGAAUUUACCGACAGUGAGAGGACGAAGAGACCUCGUACACGACCUGUCAAGGCGACGAGGAAGAAAGAGCGUUUGGCGUCAUCUCCAACGAAAAGCAAUACAACAAGCAGGAGGCCUAGGCAAUCUAAAGCAAGCACAAGGCCGCUACAGCCGCUCAAGGGCUCUUUGCUGUCGAAUCUACAGCGAACAACAAGUGCAAAUGAAGGUCAAAACCUCAAAAGUUACAAGACACGUAGCGAAGCGCGCAACGCACAAAAGCCUACCGCUGCAGCUCCAACAAAGCACAAGCCUGAAGCGGCUAGUGCUCCCAGACAGGAGGACCCGAGCUCUGAAGCGCAUAUCUUGGGAAGAUUGAACGACUCGGAAAGCGACGGUGAGCCCGGAGACAUUGACCUUCACAGCUCGAAGAUCGAUGAUGGUGUAGCAUCGAGGAAGUGGACCUCAGGCAGCAGCACGCCGUCCACGCCACACUCCAAGCGAGCUACACCGGACCAUGAUGGAAUGGAGACGAAUGCAGAGUUGGGCGAAGUUUUGUCUAUGUCUGUGAAGCCCCCGCUCACGGUCGCUCCUGCAAGAGUACUGGAAGACCCGUCAAGUCCUUGCGAUAGUCGAGCAGACAGAAGCAUGCAAGCUCCGCCCAAGCCAGUCGUCGAGGAAGCCAUACCCAUAACCUCACCAAGGGCCACUCAACGUUCAGUGCGGUCACAAAGGCAGUUUGACGAGCGUCAGACACCCAUCCAUCAGCUUGGCAAGCGAAGUCAUUCUGGCCUGUCUGCUAACUUAGAAAUCCUUUCAAGUAACAGCAAACCAACGCCUGCUUCGCCUCGCGCACCGUCGACGGCAAUCUCUGGACACGCAGACCGGCAUCAGGUCAAUUUAGAACAAGCGCACGGAGAGUAUAAGAUUGAGAAGAGCGAUCCGUUCCAGUUGAACCGUCGAAAGGUCAACAGCUUCACUCGAAGGCUCACCGAAAGCAGGGACGUUUCGCUGGAUGCAGAACCCGCAGAGGGUAAAUCUCAGGAUCAUCCAAUCGAACUAGGCGACAGUCCUAGCAGCUCGUCCAGUGAAGCUCUUCCGCCAAUACAACUAAGCCCUGUAACAACGAACGAUCAUACCGGGAUUACUCAGCCUGUCGAGCUGCUUCAGGUUCGAGCACCGGAGCUUACCAGGCGCUCACGGAGCCGGACCGUCGAGCCACUUACAGCCAUAGUCCCACCAGCAGAUGCAUCUCGUCAUCAGCGCGGACAUCAGAACCAUGAAGGAGAGGAUAAAGCUCGCUUCGACGACGAUGCUGAGAUGGAGGGUGACACUCUCGUUGAAUUCGAAGAGCCACAACAAGCUCAGGAUGAGGUCUCUCACCUCAGGUCUUCCCCUCCACCAAUGGAUCAUUCGCCAAGCAGCCACAGCUCGACGUCUGCUGAGCCCGAACCCAAGACGGAUCCUCACGUCCCAACAUCGGAAGCGGAGGAGAUGGAAUGGGAGGCUCAUCUGCGGCCUCACCAGCGCGAUGUGAAAGACCAACUCUUCCGCGUGUCAAACCGUGUCUUGCAACACAUCGUCAGCAAUGAGUCUGCUGUCAGCGAUAUUGCAGACACGUACACGAGAGACGGCCAGCAGUCAUUAGAUCUGCUGUUUGAAAGUCACCAGCAGGAGUUCGACGCCAUGCACAAGGACGUCAUGCAGAAGAAGGCCAAAUUGAGCAAGGCGACCGAAAAGGUGCUGUCGAAGCUUCGUAAAGAGCGCAAGCAAGUUGAGGACGACGACGAGUAA